AUGUUGGUAGAAGCUAAGUGGUUCUUGUAUAAGUACAAGCGUUUGCUUGUUGCACUCGGUUUAUUGGUUGCGCUCAUCUAUUUGGUUUAUGAAGGUUUCCAUAAUGAUGUUGCUACAAACUAUGCUAACCAGCAAUUAUCCAAGAUUGGUAUUUAUAAGAUUAAGUAUCCUUCUGUUAAGCAAGUCGAUGCGCUGUUUGAAAACACCGAGAACCAAUACUCCAACGUAUUGUUCAGUUACUUGAAUUCCAAGAAGGAAACCGGUUUACCUGAAACUGUUCCCUUCUCAUGGAAUCAAUUUUUGGACUUGGAUUCUUAUUUCGCUAGAAAGGAUAUUCAAGAUAAAUUGUUGAAAGAAAACUCUUGUCUUAAAUUGGAACGUCAUUUUGGUAAACCUGAAGCUGUUUCAUUUAACUGUAAGGAUGAAAAAUUUGACAAUUUAAUUCCUUACAAGAUCAAUGAGAACAUUUUUCUUUACUUAACUGCUGAUAACAGAGUUUUAUUGAAGAAUCUUUACUUACAAACUUCUGCUCCUAACCCUGCUUCUUUGGUCUAUUUAAUGGAUGAUUUGGUUUACCAAUUCCCAGUCGACCCAAAGAGUCAACUGAUUAAAAUCGAGGAACCUGGUAGUUUAGACAAGAAUUUGGAUCGCUUCAAGACAAAUUUUGCAGCUAAAUUUAUUCACAAACCAUUGGCUGAUCUGUUCGAGUCCAAGACUUUGAGUAAAUUUGAUUUCAGUGCCGAUUGGCCUGAAGUUUUGGAUUUUGAUGCACCAAAAUAUUUCUCAGAAGCUUACACUUUGAACGAGCCAAAGGCUUCUGCUUACGAUUGGAGAUUCUUUGACCAUUUGCAAGCUUUUGACAUGAACCAACGCCAUGCCAUUUUGAAGAGAUUGAUGAGAGGUUGGUCUCACUUUUCCCAACAGUUUAACAUCUUCUCCUGGAUUAACAAGGAAUCUAUGGUUGGUUGGUACUGGAACGGUUUGAACUUACCAUGGACCAAUGAUUUGGAUAUUCAAUUAUCGGCCUCUGAAUUUGAUAAGUUGUUGAAAUUCAACAACACACUUGUUUUUGAUUACAAUGAUUCAUCCAAGGGUCAUUACAAUGUUUUCUAUUUGGAUAUUAACCCUUACUACUCCAAGAUCAGAGGCAACAACAACAACAUGGUCAAUGCCAGAUUCAUCGAUGUUAUGUCUGGUGUUGUUAUGGAUGUUACUGUUUUGAUUUUGGUGGAAGACUUUCAAGGUUUGAUGAGCUCUAAGAGUUUAACCGAAAAGGAAAGAGCAAGAUUCAAGGAUUUGGAACGUAAGGAAAGUAUGGCUUUGUAUGACAGCUCAUAUAUUACUUACCCAGUUGACCAAUUGAGUACUUUUAUCCCGGCUUUGUUUGAGAAUGAAAUCACUUAUGUUCCUGCCAAGUACGAAGAUAUUAUUCAAUCAAAGCACAAGUCUUUAAUUGGUGCAACUGCUUUGCAAGGACACAAGUACAGACAAUUCUUAAGAUUGUGGGUCAACCAAGAAAAUUGUAAGAUUGACGAAAAGGCAAUUGUAUCACCAUCCACUAAGCAUGAUGAUGAAGAAUGUAAAAAGAAUUCUCAACAAGUGAGAGAAUUAUAUGAAAAGACUAAGAAAGUUACCAUUCAACAUUUCCUUGAAUUGAACAAUUUUGAAAAGUUUAAGGAUAACCUCCAAAACUACAAGUUGUCUAUUCCAAGAGAUGCUAGAAGAACCUUUUAA